AUGGCCAUCCGCGCGCGAAAAGCGGUUACCCCGUGGGCGGUUUUCGCUAGCAGCGCCGGCGUCGCCGCGCUGCUGGUCGCGUGUCUCCUGAGCGAAAGCGGGGCGAACUUCGCGAGCGCGCAAUCCGCGCAACCCGCGCAGUCCGGGGACCCCGACUGGGUUGUGCAGUGGCUGCAGAACGCGGGGGAACCCGAGCCAGACGCGCAACCCGCCCCCGCGGAUCUCGGCUGGGCGGCGGAGCUGGUCCAGGGCUCUGAUUCGCUGGCGCAAGACCCCCCCGCGCAAGACCCCCCCGCGCAAGACCCCCCCGCGCAAGACCCCCCCGCGCAACCCGCGCAAGGCGGCCCUCCCGCGGACGAUCCUGACUCAGAUGAUGAGGAUCAAGAGGACGAUUCAAGUCCUCCUGGCUUCGCUGGAGAGACGGACCCCCAGGACUCGGAAGGUCAGGCGGAGCCCGACUGGGAGGCGCAGAUUCAGUCGAUUCUCAAGCAGGUGGCGAAUCAGACGUUCCUCAACAACUUCGCGCAACAACUCACCUUCUACUGUAAGUUCUCAACCGUUUUGAACCGCUCUGAGCAACCCCGCACGCCUUCUUCACCCCCUUCAACCGCGGAGCCUGACUGGGAGGCGCAGACGCAGUUGAUCCUUUAG